AUGACUAACCGAGAAGAAGCGGAGAUACAAAUUUCAGAAUUAGAUUUACUCUCUAGCAUGUUUCCUUAUGAGGAAGAGUUCGUUGUGACUGACCAGCUAGCUGUAGCGGAGCUAAAACACUAUGUUGAGAAUGAGUCUGCAGAGAUGCCAUCUUCAAAAGUUCAGUUUAUACUGAACAUAAAGCCAGAGGUCUCUAAUGCCCCUAUGGUGGAAUUCUCUAUGGCCUGUGCUUUACCGUUUAAAUAUCCAGCUGUUCUACCAGAAAUUACUGUGAGGUCAUCGUUACUGAGCCGCUCUCAGCAGCUUCACCUGAACUUGGAUCUAAAAACUUACUUGACGCAAAACUGCAGUGGUGAGCCCUGCAUGUUGAGUGCAAGGGAAUGGGUUAAAGACCAUGCAGCUGCUUACAUUGACAAGGAGCUUUCAUCUUCCUCAGUGACAACAUCAAAUGCCACUCAGUCAGAAGUCAUCAUGUUCACUCGACUUUGGAUCUAUAGUCAUCACAUUUACAACAAGCAAAAAAGAAAGAAUAUUAUUGACUGGGCCAGGGAGCUCUCUCUGUCAGGGUUUUGCAUGCCAGGGAAACCAGGUGUUGUUUGUGUAGAAGGUCUACAAAGUAGUUGUGAAGAGUUCUGGUCAAGAGUGAGAAGAUUAACAUGGAAAAGAAUUCUCAUUCGGCACAGAGAAGAUGUUUCUUUGGAAGGUGGAGGACAUGCUGAGAUUCAGAAACAAAGGAAGUUCUCCGCUUUGGAAGAAAAAUGUUUCGAUGCACAUGGUGCCAAAGGCAAUCAUAUGGAUUUGGGGCAGCUAUAUCGGUUUUUAGAAGAAAAAGGAUGCGCUGACAUCUUUCAAAUGUACUUUGGGGUUGAAGGGCAUUGA